CCUGAAUCAAAACCACACCCAAAAAUCGCCAUCCACCAGAAAAAAGGAAAGCUUCAACCCAUUAACCCCCUCGCCGAAACUCGCCGCCGUCUCCUUCGCCUUUUACCUCCGCACCGGCGCACCGUCUCCCUAGCCUUCGCCUACGCCCUCGCCGCCGCGGCCACUGUCCUCCUCUCCUCGUUGUCUGCCCGCCUCCGCCCGGCGGGCCGGAGCAGGCUAGGCUUCCAGCGUCCCCAGGUCCCCUUCCCGGUCGAGCUGGAGGACACGCGGAGCAGCCCCGGGUUCUUCUGCGGCGAGCUGUGGUGUGGCCUCAUGGAGCCCAAGGGCGAGCUGGGCCAGAAGCCUAUCGAAGAAGCAAUGGGCAGCUUGAAGAUUGAUGCUAGCACGAAGGCAAGCAACGUCAACUUGCCUGCUAAGAAAGACACAAGUUCUUCUGAUGCAAUAUCUUGCAUUUCCUUGGGCGACGCAGCUAGUACUGUGAAGGAAAGUGAAAUGAACCAAGAAGCUUCUGUUGGGGACCAAGGGAUGUAUUACUACGGAUAUUACUAUCCAGACUCGUCUGGAGGAUGGGAUGAGAAUGGCUACUUUGUUGGAUAUAAUGGCCAAGAGAUGCAUCCAGUAGUGGUUCAAGCUGACAAUGGGUCAUAUUUGUGUUACCUUCCGGGUUAUGAAAAUGGAUAUGCUUCUUAUAGUCCGGUUGUUCCUGGAGCCAUUACUGGUGUGGAUGGUCAAUAUGUCAGCAAAGAGCCUUAUUACUCCACUGCAAUUCCAAUGCAGGAUCCUAGUACACCUGGCAUUUUUGCUCAACAAAUUGCUUAUGGGCCUGAACUAGUCCCUUCAUACUCAUGGGACCCUUCUUUUGUUCUUCUGGAUGGUGUUCAGGGACAUCCUGCUGGUGUUUAUCAAACAAAUUACCCUUCAAGACCAAAAUACUCUUCUAAUAAGCAUGCUGUUCCAUCGUCGAAAGCUACCUGCAGUGCAAAAUCUGCACCAGAUACUAUAAAAGGAUCAUCAUCAGCUUUAGACACUGUACCAAAUUCUCCUAAUAGCAGCCCAUCAUCGAAGGGUGCAAAUAAGGCAUCUGGUGCUUCCAUAACAAAAGGGUAUCAUCCGUCUAGCAAGUUUUUGGUGCAUAGUAACCAAGGAGAAAACAGCAUUUAUCAAAGUAAAGGCAUCAAUGUGAAAGAAAGUGGUAGAAGCUGGAACAGCAGCGAGAAGCUUAAGGCGAGAAGUAAACUAAAUGGACAUGGUGAUUGUGAUAUAUCUAACGAGAAUUACCACAUUGAGAACUCGAAACACAGUUUGAGCCCUCGAGCUGAUAUUGUUGGAUUGUCAAGUGCAGGAGAUGAUAAUGAUAGCAUACCUUCACCUGUCGCAAUAAGCAAAAAUGCAUAUAAUCUUCCAGAUUUUGUUACAAAGUAUGAGCAAGCUCUAUUCUUUGUGAUCAAAUCUUACAGUGAAGAUGAUGUUCACAAGAGUAUCAAAUACAAUGUCUGGGCAAGCACUCCUAAUGGAAAUAAAAGGCUUGAAAAUGCCUAUAGACUUGCACAAGAAAGGAUGGCAGAAAAAGGAACAAAAUGUCCUGUUUUCUUUUUCUUCUCGGUUAAUGCAAGUGGUCAGUUUUGUGGUGUGGCUGAGAUGGUUGGUCCUGUAGAUUUCAAUAGGAAUAUGAACUUCUGGCAACAGGACAAGUGGAAUGGUUUCUUCCCGGUAAAAUGGCACAUUAUCAAGGAUGUGCCGAAUCCACAAUUUCGCCACAUAAUUUUGGAUAACAAUGAGAACAAGCCUGUGACAAACAGCAGGGACACUCAAGAGAUCAAAUUCCCACAAGGUACAGAGAUGUUGAAUAUUUUCAGGAACUUCUCAUGUAAAACAUCAAUAUUGGAUGACUUUGACUUCUACGAAAAUAGGCAGAAAGUAAUGCAGGACAGAAGAGGAAAGCCAGUUAUGACAUCAUUUGAUCACCCAUUGCCAAAAGCCAAAAAAACUGCAGAAAUUGAAAAGCAAACUCAAUUCAUAAGUGCCACAGAGCUCGAUAGAACCAAGAGCAAUGAGGAGCAGAGCUACAAUGUCGUGAUGGUGUUUGAUACAACCAAGAGGAAUGAAGAGCAGAGCAACAAUGUUACUGCAACGGUACUUGAAACAACCAAGAUAAAUGAGGAGCAACCCAACAAGGUCGCAUUGCAACAGAAUGAUCAUGACAGUUGGGGUACUUGAACUGGGAGAAAUGAGAUAGUCUCUAAAAAUGUACUUCAGCCUGAAACGAUUAGUUUGCUGUGUCAUUCAUCAUGUGAUCUCUUCCAUUUUCUCAUGCAAGCGGAAAGGCAAAAAAAAAAAAAGGGAAGCCAUGGAACUGCCUUCCCAUGAGAAAUGUUCAAUGACUGGGAAGUAAAGGUUCCAGGACACAUUUAGGUAGAGACCUACCAAUCAUGUAUGUGUUAUUUCUGGAGCUAAGGCAUUAGAGCGCCCUCCUUGUCGAUUUUUUCAUCUCGGAGGGUAUUUUACUUCAUUUUCUUGUGUUGCAUCUUUUUUCCUUCUAAUUAUACUGCUGAGGUUUUGCGAAGCAGUUUGCGCUGUGGUCCAAAGAAGCCAGUUUGCCUCAUGGCUGGGUGUUUUUAGGAAAUGUUUGUUGAUGUGUGGGUUGUCUUCUAGGAUUUGGUAUGUGUGAGAUGUUCUUUGAGAAUCUGUGUACUUGUUUUAGAAUCUGACAUAGAAGAAAAGGGACAAAAAAUGAUGGUGAGGGAUUAGGAAUUUCUAGAAUUACCGUGUACAAUAACCUCACCAUGUAUUCCAGUUUUUUCAUUAUCAAGAAAAGGAGCAUUUUUUUUAAA